GAAGUCAAGAAGGCGGCGAAAGCAGUGAAGGAAUUGUGUACUGAGAAUGAGGUUGGCCGGACCUGGACGAGGCACAAGGCUGAGAUAGAUGAGGCUUCGAUGGCCAGGAACAGGGCCAGACCGCGCACAUCUGACGAAGAUGAAGACAAUGAUGAAGACGACGAUGAAGACGAACAAGACGAUAGCAGCGAGCACACGGAAGUGCCGUCAUCAGUCGCCGGAAGCGACGACACAACAAAUGACGGCAAUCGUCUGCCAUCUCUCGAUUCGAAUAGACCCGAGCCCAGUCCUACACGGCCAAAGAGCCAGCGAACGUUGACGACCAACUGA